GAGAGAGAGAGAGAAGAGCUGGGAUCUAACAAUGGGCGACGAAGCGAAGAUCUUCAUCAGGGGGCUAACUGGGGACACCACAGAGGAGAUGUUGAUGGGAUAUUUUGGGAGGUACGGCGAGGUUCUGGACGCCAAGAUCUCCAGAAAUCGGAUAACUAAGCAGUCGAGAAAGUACGGGUUCGUCCUUUUCGCUGAGCAGGCGACCCUCGAUCGUGUUCUUCCGGUCGAGCACGUGAUCAGAGGGAGGAAAGUGCAUGUUCUAAGAGCUCUCUCCCCAGAGGAGUGGCGUGCCUCUGCUCUAUCUAGAAAUCCCUGUUCGGGUAGACUGGAUGGAGGUGGUGGUGAGGGUGGAAAUGAUACCAAGAAAAUUUUCGUUGGAGGGUUGUCCUCCACCUUGACUGAAGAUAAAUUCCUCCAGCAUUUCCGACAGUAUGGAGUUGUGACUCAUACAGACAUCAGACGUGGGUUUGGAUUUGUCUCCUAUAGCAAUGAGGAUGCUGUUGAAAGAGCGCUGCGUGAGACCACUCAUGAAAUUGAUGGGAAGCGGAUGCAAGUCGAGCGUUUCAAUCCUGACCAUGGAAAUCUGAACAGUGAUAGUGGUGGACGUUCUAAGGGUACAGGAUAUUAUGAUCAUCGCUGUGGUCCUGAUGCCAACUCUGUUUCAUAUGAUGGAAUAAUGGACGCAAGUACGUAUGUUAUGCAACCACAAACAGCUGGUGGUGGUUAUCCUUCUUAUGGAAACCCUAGAUCUCCCUAUGGGCGCCAUUCUUUGGGUAUGGGAUAUUAUGAUCCUUAUCGUGGUGGUUGUGGUGCCGAUGCUGGUCCAUAUGAUGGCAGAAUUGAUGCAAAUUGGUAUGCUAUGCAACCACAAACAGCUGGUGGCGGCUAUCCUUCUUAUGGAAUGCCUAGAUCUUCCUUGGGUGUCCAUUCUGGGGGUACGGGAUAUUUUGAUCCGUAUCUCAGUGGUUCUGGUGCCUACUGUGGUUCGUAUGACGGUAGAAUGGAUACAAAUAGGUAUGAUAUGCAACCACAAACAACUGGUGGUGGCUAUCCUUCUUAUGGCUCAUCAGGUCAUGGAAUGCCAAGUUCUCAGGAUGGUUUCGGAGGAUAUGCUCGGCCUUCUGGUGCCCAAGGAAAUCCUAGUGCACGUACAGGUGGUGAUGCAGGUUAUGGAUCGGCCUCUCUUUGUAAUACUCAGCCUCUGGCUACAACAUCUGCUGGUUCAUAUGAUGGUAGAAUAGAAACAAAUAGGCACCACGUGCCACCACAAACAGCUGGUGUCAUAGGAUGUAUAAUGCUUCCUAAGGCAUCUAUAGGUGGCCGCCUGAUUUCAACUCCUGGAAAUGAUGUGUUUAUUCCAGCAUCUGCCUUUCACGAUGUCACUGGCUACCUGAACAGAAUUUUGAGUGAUCGCCAAGGUGGUGCACCAGACAGCAAUCAGGCUGGUGACGCAAAUGAGAGCUCAGGAAAUUCAAGAGCUUAGCAGUUGUACUCUUCUUGUUCCCCGACAUGUGAUACAAGAGGUUAUAUGAUAAUAUCGACGAUUUUCUUGCUCCCAUUAUCAAAUUUUGGGUAUUCAAUGAAGUGAGGAAAUUCUCUAGUUCCCUGAACCGAAGACACAUUUGAAUGGUGCCGUGAUUUUCAAUUCCUGGUUGAUUUCUGCAGUGAAUACUGAAAAACUUCUUCUUAAAUACUUUGUUGUUAAAUAGUGUACAGUGUAUAGUGCAACUUGUUAUUAAAUCUGUUCCCUUGCUCUUUUUUUGCUGUAAAUUUUGGAAAGUUGAUGUGAAGUUCCAUUAAGAGACUGGAGCAGUCUGAAAUGAAUCAGAACUUUGCAAGGUUGAAGCAAAGAAUUGCCUGCUUCUAUUUUUGAA